GUCGCACGCGCGCGCCAACGCGAACGCAGCGCUCGCGGCGUCGCGCGCACGAAGCCGCGCAUUAACGCGCCGCAGGGGCGUCGCCGUCGCGUCGAACGCGGAGGCGCGCCGCGCGUCGACGGCGGCGGUGACAUCCGCGGAAUCGUCCGUCCUCUCGCUCGCGCGGGUCGUUGCCGGCGCGCGCGAAAGAGUCGAACGACCCCACCGCCCGCGCCGAACCGACGCCGGCGCGCGUCUCGAGCGCGAGGUCGCGGCGACGAGACGCGCGCGCGGUCAGUCGCGCAGUCAGUCGCGCGGAGCGGACGCGCCGCCGCGCAGUCAGUCUCGCCGCGUCGCGUCCGCCGAGCUCGGUGAUCCCGCGGGUCGCGCGCGGAAACCAUGGCGCCGAUGCCGAACGACGCCACCUCGGGCGCGGACGUCGCGGGGAUCGUGACGCGCCAGCGCCGGAGCGAGAAGUACUGGGAGGAUUACGAGGACUGGAAGGCGCAGAGAUCCUCUCGCGCGGCGAUCCGCGUAAAGAAGACAACCCGACGCGAAUCGUAUCGCGCUCUGAAGCGCGCGGACGGAGCGCUGACCUCUUUCGUCCCCUCCAACGUCCCCGCCCACCCCACCCCCCCUACCCUCGCACAGAAACACCACCCGUGCGCGAUCGAGUGCUUCGAGCGUUUCGUCGCCGCCGCGAGCGGUAAGCUCCUCACGGUGUUCUUAGACUACGACGGCACGAUAUCCCCGAUCGUCAAGCAACCCGAGCGCGCGUUCAUGUCCGACGAGAUGCGCGCGGCGGUGAAGCGCGUCGCGGCGCUGUACCCGACCGCGGUGAUCAGCGGGCGGAGCCGCGAGAAGGUGUACGACUUCGUUCAGAUCCCGGAGCUGUACUACGCCGGGUCGCACGGGUUGGACAUCGUCGGCCCCCGCGGUAUAGCGUCGCGGCGGCGGCGGGCGCGGGGGGCCGAAGACGGAGACGCGGCGUCGACGGACGUCGACGUCUCCGCGUCGGGGGUUGGGGAGGACGAGGACGACGACGCGGCGCCGACGCACGAGGCGAUGCAUCAGCCCGCGCCGUGGGCCGCGGAGCUCAUGGACGAGGUCAACGAUCGAUGCGUGAAGGCGAUCGAGGACAUCCCCGGGGCGACGGUGGACCACAACAAGUUUUGCAUCUCGGUGCACUACCGGAACUGCGAUCCGAAGCACUGGGGCGAGGUCAAUGCCGUCGUCGACGCGUGCGUGGCGUCCGACCCGACGCGGCUGAAGAAGGCGACCGGACGCAAGGUGUUCGAGGUGAAGCCUCGAGUGGCGUGGGACAAGGGCAAGGCGCUGUCGUUCCUGCUCGGCGAGCUCGGGCUCGACGAGAGGUUCCACGAGGACGAGGUCUUGUCGUUGUAUUUCGGCGACGACCACACGGACGAGGACGCGUUCAACGAGCUGAAGGGGAUGCCCAACGGCCGCGGGUGCGGCGUCAUCGUGAGCACCGUGCCGAAGCCGUCGGACGCGUCGUUUAGCGUGCGAGACCCGGACGACGUGUUGAUAUUUUUGAAUAGGAUAGCGGACCUCGCGGAGAACGGGACGACGAAGUCGAUGCGGACGACGGACACCGCGGGCGUGAAGCGGGGCGGAGGCGCGGCGUGA